CAUGAUGCUUCAAACAGAAGAGAGACAGAGGUGGCAGCUGCUGGUCAAACGAGUCACUGUGGUUAGCCUCUUCAUCAGUAUAACUCUGCUCUACACUCUGUCAACAGUACACACCAACCUCAGUCUACCAGAGUUUCCAGUACCUCACUCCUGCGCUCCCCAACCAGGCCAACACAACACCCAGCCACCCACGAACAGCUCACAGCAAAACAAUAACACCUGUGUUCCUAAAGUGGACAUCAUGUUUAUGAAGACCCAUAAAACUGCCAGCAGCACCUUCCUCAACAUUCUGUUCCGCUUUGGAGAGAAGCACAAACUCAAAUUUGCCUUCCCCAACAGCCGGAACGACUUCUUCUACCCCGCAUCUUUCCAGCGCACGCACGUUAAAGGCUACAAAUCUGGAAUGUGUUUUAACAUCAUGUGUAACCACAUGCGAUUCAAUGCACCCGAAGUGGCCAAAGUGCUGCCUCGAGACACUUUCUACAUCACGAUCCUGAGAGAUCCAGCAGAGCUCUUUGAGUCGUCCUUUCAUUAUUUCGGUCAUGUUGUUCCUCUGACCUGGAGGAUACCAGGCGAGGACACAAUGGCUGAGUUCCUGCGUGAUCCUAACCAGUACUUCAGCCCAGACGGAAUAAACUCCUUUUACCUGAAGAACCUGCUGUUCUUUGACUUGGGGCAGGACAAUACUCUGGAUCCAGACGACCCGCGUGUAGAGGAGAACAUCAAGGUCAUCGCUGAGCGUUUUCAUUUAGUCAUGCUAAUGGAGCAUUUUGAGGAAUCACUCAUCCUGCUUAAAGAUGCUCUCUGUUGGGAGAUGGACGACCUCCUCUUCUUCAAGCUCAACUCCCGUAAGGAAUCCACUGUUUCUAAACUGACUCUUGAGCUGAGGGCGAAGGCCCUGCAGUGGAAUGCCAUUGACUGGAAGCUUUACACACAUUUUAACUUGACGUUUUGGAAGAAGGUGAAGGCUUAUGGUAGGACACGUAUGGCACAGGAUGUCGCAGAGCUCAGGAGGAGGAACAGAGAACUGGUGGAGAUCUGCAUUGAGGGAGGUCACGCUGUCGAGGCUGGAAGCAUUCAUGAUGCGGACAUGCAGCCGUGGCAGCCCAUCGGAGAGAAGUCUAUCGAAGGAUACAAUCUGAAAAAAAAUGUAGACAAGUCCUAUCAGGAGUUGUGCCGAAAGAUGUUAACUCCGGAAAUUCAGUAUCUGACAGACUUGGGGGUUAACCUGUGGCUCACUAAGCUGUGGGGACACGUAAGGAGUAUCAUUAACUUGUGA